AUGUACACUGUUUUGGUAAAUGAUGGAAAUAAAGACGAGGCCACAGAGUUCUAUAAUGAAGUUAAGGAGAUGCGUGUAGAACCCAUGGUCGUAAUCCACACCUCCGUUAUUAAAGCCUACCUCAAGUUUGACAAGACCAAGGGUGCUCUAGAGGCAUACCUUGCCAUGUUAGCUGCUGGGGUUACCCCGAACUCCUACACUUACACCGUUUUAAUCAAGGGACUUGCUGCUGAUCCCGAUUUCUUUGGAGAUGCCAAGAAGUAUUUGCUCGAGAUGAUGGACAAGGGGAAGCGGCCCAAUGUUGCUACCUUCACUGUGGUGAUGGAGGGCUUUGCAAAACAGGAGGACAAGGCAGCUGAGGAGGAGGGAAAAACUUUUGUGCAGGUAAUGAUGGAUAAGGGGUUUUUGCCUAAUGCAAAGGCUAUGAUGAACGUAUUAAAGGGUAGACCAACACCUGUAAUUAGAAGCAUCAUGAGUAUUGUCAUUUUCACCUUGAAGCAGUGA